AUGCGCCGCCUGUGGCCGUUCGCGGCGCCGCACACAACGGUUUUGAUCGUCGCGGCGGUCUGCAUGGUCGGGACCGCCGCCAGCCAACUGCUCGGCCCCUACCUCAUCAAGCUCGCCCUCGACGGCCCCAUCGCGCAAGGCGACCCCGGAUCAAGUCCGGGGCAGGCUCUGCGCGCCCUCACCGUCAUCGUACUGUUCUACCUCGGCAACACGCUGGCCGGCUGGGGCCUGCAAUACGGGCAGACCCUGCUGCUCAUGCGCGCGGCGCAGCGCGUUCUGCUGAACCUGCGGCAGGCGCUGUUCCGGCAUCUCAUGCGCCUCGACGUGGCGUUUCACGACCGCCAAUCCGUGGGCCGCCUGAUGUCGCGCGUGCAAAACGACGUGGGCACCCUGCAGGACCUCUUCACCAGCGGCAUCCUGAGCAUCCUCAGCGACGCGCUCACCCUCGUGGGCAUCCUCGUCGUCCUGUUCACCAUGCACCCUUACCUGGCGCUGCUGACCAGCGUGGUGGUGCCGCUGGUGCUGAUCGUCACCGCAUACUGGCGCACCCAUUCGCGGCGCGCCUUCCAGGUGGUGCGGCGGGCGCUGGCGCGCGUGAACGCCAGCCUGCAGGAAAACAUCUCCAGCGUGCGCGUCAUCCAGAGCCUGUGCAGCGAGACGAUUAACAUGCGGCGCUUCGAGCGCCUGAACGCGGACCAUCUGGACGCGACACUGAAGGCCGCGCACCUGUCCGCCCUGUUUUUCCCGGCCAUCGAAAUGAUGACCACCCUGGCCAUCGCCGUGGUUGUCGUCUGCGGCGCGCCGCUGGUGAUGGACGGCGACCUCAGCGCCGGCGUCCUGGUCGCCUUCGUGCUCUACAUGUACCGCUUUUUCGAGCCGCUGCGCGACCUCAGCUUUCGCUGGAACUCGCUGCAAAUGGCCAUGGCGUCGGGGGAGCGCAUUUUCGAGGUGCUGGAAACGCCGCGGCACGUCCUUGAGGACGCAACGCCGGUACGGCUGCCGCGCUUGCGGGGGGAGGUGGCGUUCCGUGGGGUGUCGUUCCAUUACCAGCCCGGCGUGCCGGUUCUGGACAACUUCUCGCUGGAGGUACCGGCGGGGCAGAGUCUGGCCAUCGUGGGGCACACCGGGGCGGGCAAGACGACGCUCAUCAAUCUGCUGACGCGGUUUUACGACGUGACCGAGGGCGCCAUUCUCAUCGACGGCAUCGACUUGCGGCGGCUGUCGCAGGCCGACCUGCGGCGUCAGGUCGCCAUCGUCCUGCAAGAACCCUUCCUGUUCAGCGGCACGGUGCGCGAGAAUCUGCGCUACGCCAACCCCGACGCCACCGACGCGGCGGUGGAGGCAGCGGCCCGCGCGCUCGGCGUGCACGACAGCAUCAUGCGGCUUGAGCACGGCUACGAUACCGAGGUCCGCGAGCGCGGCAGCCUGCUGAGCCACGGCCAACGGCAGCUUGUCAGCUUCACGGGCCUCAAGACGCUGCUGCACGGGCGCACCACGUUCAUCAUUGCCCACCGCCUCUCGACCGUGAAACAGGCGGACCGUAUUAUCGUGCUGGAGAACGGACGGCUGAUGGAAAGCGGCACGCACGAGGAAUUGGUCCGACGCCAUGGGCCUUACGCGCGCCUGUACGACAUGACGCAUGCCAGCUUGGUAGCGGGGUUCGAUGGGGAGUGA